GAUGAUGAUGAUGACGACGAUGAUGAUGAUGACGACCAUGACGAUGAUGGGGAUAAUAAUGAUGAUGAUGAUGACGAUGAUGAUGACGUUGUUAAUAAAGAAGGAGGUAUGUUUUUUACAAUUCAAUAGACCAAUGUCGAUAUAUUUAAAUUUAUACUUGGCACUUGAAGGCUUAGGGAAUGAAACAAUAAAGAUCGUCUUGAGACUCACCAAUGACAAUGCAUUUCUUUUGGUUUAUUCCCUUGAGCAUCAGUGCCAAGUAUGAAUUUUAAAACUAUACCAAUUUGGUCGAUUCAGUGUAAGUCUGUGACUUUUAGAUUAAUUGUCCAUGAUUAGACUGUGACUUUUAGAUUAAUUGUCCAUGAUUAGACGGGACAGUAUGCCGAGUAGUGCUAACAAAAGGAUACUUACAUUUAGAUUCGUCUCCAUGGUAAGGCAAUUAUGGUGGCAAUGGCGAUGUUGAUGAUGAAGAUGAUAACAAGGAUGACGAUGAAGGAGAUAAUGAUGGUGAUGACGAUGAUGGUGGUGAU